GUGUGAUUAACAACCUGUUGGCAAAGCUGAAGCUGCUGCCAACAUGACGAGUACACCCUCUUCCGAUGAUAGUGAAGAGCAGUAUGAUGCCUUAACGGAAGAAUUGCAUAAUAUUCAAUCGGUCAUACAUGUGACCCGGGAGAAUAUUGAUGCCCUAAAUGCCCGCUUUGCUAAUUUGCAAGAGCCUCCGCCCAUGUAUAUUGCCGAAUAUCAGGAGUUGACAUCAAAACUGCAUGAGCUGGAGACCAAGGAAUCCGAAUUGAUUGAACAGUUGAAUGCCCAGCAAGAAUUGGAGGAAAAGGAGCAACAGCAAAGGGAGCUAAAUGAAUCGCAGUCAUACUAUCAAAAUCAAUUGCAAAUACAACAGCAAUUGUUUAAUAGAUAUAAUAAUAUGACCGAUAGUAUUAUUUCCUCCCAGUAUGGUGACAGCCAAUGUGGUACUUUGACAAGGCAGCGUAAAGUCCUCAUGCGUGCCCAUUUACCAAAUCAACAGAGGACUUCAGUGGAAGUUGUAGCCGGCGUACGAUUGUGUGAUGCCCUAAUGAAGGCCUUGAAAUUGCGCCAACUUACCCCUGACAUGUGUGAAGUAACGACAUCGGAAAAUGGGCGUACCAUAAUACCCUGGCAUACGGAUAUAUCCACCAUCCAGGUGGAAGAGAUUUAUGUGCGUCCCAAAUGCCCCAUAAUGACACAUAUCUCUCAUCAAUUUAUACGCAAAACAUUCUUUACGUUGGCCUUUUGUGAAUGCUGCCGUCGUCUGUUGUUUACCGGAUUCUAUUGUAAUCAAUGUAAUUUUCGUUUUCAUCAACGAUGUUAUGAUAAAGUGCCAACACUGUGUCAACAAUUUCCUGUCGAUAGCUACUAUCAACGUUUGUUGGCUCAGAAUCCGGAAAAUGCUGUGGGUAUUAUACAUCCGGGUAGGGGUAUGAUGGGUGGGGAUUUUCAGGGUCGUCAUCCUCGUUCUAUAAGUCAGCAGGAUCGUUCCAAUUCCGCUCCCAAUGUUUGUUAUAAUAAUAUCAAACCCCUGACCGAGGCCCAAUGCAAAUUGAUACAGGCCCAUGCCACUUUACAAAAUGCUGGUGAUCAUUCCAAUUCAACACAAGCCUCACCCACAAGCACACUGAAACAUGUGAAAAGGGAUAGGGCGCGUUCCGCUGAUGAAAGUAAUAAAAAUUUGCUGUCUUCCAAUCGGUCCUCAGAGGAAAAUUGGAACAUACAAGCCGAAGAAAUUUUGAUUGGUCCCCGCAUUGGUAGCGGCUCUUUUGGAACUGUAUACAAGGCCCAUUGGCAUGGACCGGUUGCCGUUAAGACCCUCAAUGUUAAAACUCCCAGUCCAGCUCAAUUACAGGCCUUUAAAAAUGAAGUUGCCAUGUUGAAGAAAACUCGCCACUGUAAUAUUCUACUGUUUAUGGGUUGUGUAUCGAAGCCAUCACUGGCCAUUGUGACACAAUGGUGUGAGGGCAGUAGCCUUUACAAGCAUAUACAUGUCAAGGAGACAAAAUUCAAAUUGAAAACGCUCAUUGAUAUUGGACGGCAGGUGGCCCAGGGUAUGGAUUAUUUGCAUGCCAAAAAUAUUAUACACAGAGAUUUAAAAUCGAAUAACAUUUUCUUGCAAGAUGAGUAUAGCGUUAAAAUUGGCGAUUUCGGUCUGGCCACGGCCAAAACACGUUGGUCGGGCGAAAAGCAAGCCAAUCAACCCACAGGCAGUAUAUUAUGGAUGGCUCCUGAAGUUAUACGCAUGCAGGAACAAAACCCUUACUCCUUUCAAUCGGAUGUGUAUGCCUUUGGCAUUGUCCUCUAUGAAUUGCUGGCCGAAUGUCUACCCUAUAGUCAUAUCAAUAAUAAAGAUCAAAUUCUCUUUAUGGUUGGUCGGGGUCUCCUCAAACCCGAUAUGACACGUAUACGUUCCGAUGCCCCUCAAGACUUGAAACGUCUCUUGGUCGAUUGUAUAAAAUAUGAUCGUAAUGAAAGGCCACUGUUCCGUUUGAAUUUAAAUAUGUUGGAAUAUAUAUGGCGCACCCUGCCCAAGCUGCAUCGCAGUGCCAGUGAUUCGACAUUGACUCAAACGCAACUGCAACAUGAUGAUUUUCUGUAUUCUUGUCCCAGCCCCAAGACGCCUGUGAAUUUUCAAUAUUAUCACAGUGCCGGUAAUAUCUAGCGGUGCUGAUCCGUUGCCACACUUGUGAU